AUGUAUAUCGCGAGUGUUAUCGAUGAAGGUAAUAAAGAAUACACCACGUCCGUUGACUCUUCUAUUAACAGGAGAUCGUUAAUUCCACGAGCCCGCUUCAAAGGUGGGAAUAUUGAGGGUGAAGGGUGUGACUCAGGUAUUAUGGAUAAUAUAUCUCCCAUCAUCGAGAAUAUCCGAUUUAACAGCUCAUAUCUAAUAUCUAUAUUCUGCUUGGCUGUUAGUAUACGAAUCACAAUACCGAAACCCUCUCCUACCCCGCAGUUGAAUUCAGAACUUGCGAUGAUUCCUACACUUAAAAACUUACGUUCUUCGAAAUCCAGUACAUAUGUCGUGCAAUCGAUUAACGGGGAUGGCUUUUGCACUUGA